CGGGUCAGAGGUUAAGGGUGCACCGGCCUGCCGGGCCCCGGCCGGCGCGGGCGGGCUGUCAUGGCUUCGGAGCGGCCGGAGCCGGAGGUGGAAGAAGCAGGGCAGGUGUUCCUCUUGAUGAAAAAGGAUUAUCGAAUCUCCAGAAACGUUCGCCUGGCGUGGUUCCUCAAUCACCUGCAUCAGACUGUGCAGGCCACGCCCCAGGAACUGCUGCUUCAGUCUGAGCAGGAAUUGGAAGUCCUCAGUGUCCUGCCCCCUGGGUGGCAACCAGAUGAACCCGUGGUCCCAAGGCCAUUCCUCCUGGUUCCUUCCACUCGGGUCACCUUCCUGGCUUGGCAGUAUCGAUUUGUCAUUGAGCUGGACCUUAGUCCAUCGACCGGCAUUGUGGACGAUUCCACCGGGGAGAUCUUGUUCGAUGAAGUUUUCUAUGCCCUGUCCCACUGCCUGGGAGGGCUGCUGCGGCCCUUCCGAGUGCCUGGAUCAUGCAUGGACUUCCAGCCUGAGAUCUAUGUAACUAUCCAGGCCUAUUCCUCCAUCAUCGGCCUGCAGUCCCACCAGGUGCUAGUACAAGGCUGUCUUCUGGAUCCUUCCCAACGAGAGGUAUUCCUGCAGCAGGUCUAUGAGCAGCUCUGCCUCUAUGAGGACAAGGUGGCUGCUAUGCUACAGCAGCAGUAUGAUCCCCAGAGCCAGGGCCAGGCAGAAGACCAGACUCCAGACUCAGCAGAGCCCCCAGGCCGAAAGGUGGGGGUCUCCAUGGUGACAGCGGAUGUUGGGCUGGUCAGUAUGAUUCGCCAGGGCAUCUUGGCCCUGCAGCUGCUGCCCUCCAACUCUAGCGCAGGUAUCAUUGUGAUCACUGAUGGGGUGACCAGCGUUCCCGAUGUUGCUGUCUGUGAGACACUGCUGAACCAGCUUCGCAGCGGCACAGUGGCUUGCUCUUUUGUACAGGUGGGAGGAGUUUACUCUUACGACUGUAGUUUCGGCCACGUGCCCAAUGUGGAAUUGAUGAAGUUCAUCGCAAUGGCCACAUUUGGCUCCUACCUGUCCACUUGUCCUGAGCCCGAGCCAGGCAACCUGGGCCUGACCGUCUACCACCGGGCAUUCCUCCUCUACUCCUUCCUACGCAGUGGGGAAGCCCUGAACCCUGAAUACUACUGUGGCUCUCAGCACCGCCUGUUUAACGAGCACUUAGUCUCUGCCAGCAGCAACCCUGCCUUGGCCCUGCGCCGGAAGAAGCACACUGAGAAGGAGGUGCCAGCUGACCUGGUCAGCACCGUGUCUGUGCGGCUUCGGGAAGGCUACAGUGUGCGAGAGGUCACACUGGCCAAAGGAGGCUCCCAGCUGGAGGUGAAGCUGGUCCUGCUGUGGAAACACAACAUGCGCAUUGAGUAUGUGGCUGUGGCCCCCUGGCCCGUGGAGCCCGAGGGCCCUCGGGGAACACGUGUGGAAGUGACGAUGGAAGGCGGCUAUGACAUUCUGCAUGAUGUAUCCUGUGCUCUACGACAGCCCAUCCGCUCAUUGUACCGCACCCACGUUAUCCGCCGCUUCUGGAAUACAUUGCAGAGCAUUAACCAGACGGACCAGAUGCUGGCCCACCUGCAGUCCUUCUCCUCCGUCCCGGAACAUUUCACCCUUCCUGACAGUACCAAGAGUGGAGUGCCGCUCUUCUACAUCCCUCCCGGCUCCACUACCCCGGUGCUCUCCCUGCAGCACAGUGGUUCCGACUCAUCCCACGCCCAGUUUGCCGCCUACUGGAAGCCGGUGCUGUCCAUGGAUGCGAAUUCCUGGCAGCGUUGGCUGCACAUGCACCGCCUGGUGCUGAUCCUGGAGCAUGAUACACCAGUCCCCAAGCACUUGCACACCCCGGGCAGCAAUGGGCGCUACAGCACCAUCCAGUGUAGGAUCUCCCACUCCUCACUGACCUCCCUGCUCCGGGACUGGAGCAGCUUUGUGCUCGUGGAGGGCUAUUCUUACGUGAAGCUGCUUUCCAGUGCCCCAGACCAGCCCCCUUCUUCCUUCUACAUGGUCCGGAUCAUUUCCAAGGCCCCGUGCAUGGUUCUUCGCCUGGGCUUCCCCAUCGGCACACCAGCACAGGCUCGUCACAAGAUUGUGUCGGACUUGCGGGAAGAGAUCCUGCAGUUACGUUUCCCCCACCGAGUUCAAAGCAAGGAGCCAACGCCCAAGGUGAAACGAAAGGGGCUGGGGGGCUUUGGCGGGGGCAGCUCUCCCUCCAAGUCCCCCCCCAUGCUGGGACCGCAGCAGGCGUUGUCUGACCGGCCCUGCCUUGUGGCUCUGCACAAGCCACUGGACAAGCUGCUCAUCAGGUAUGAGAAGCUACCCUUGGACUAUCGGGCACCUUUCUUGCUGACCCUGGAGCCACCAGGACCACUGCCCUUGGUGUCGGGCCGCUCGGCCUCUUCCAGCCUAGCGUCACUGUCCCGCUACCUCUACCAUCAACGCUGGGUCUGGAGUGUCCCUUCCGGCCUUGCCCCUGCACUGCCCCUCAGUGCCAUCGCCCAGCUGCUCUCCAUCCUCACUGAAGUCCGUCUGUCUGAGGGCUUCCACUUCGCCUGUAGCGGGGAGGGAAUCAUCAAUAUGGUCCUAGAGCUUCCGAUUCAGAAUGAGCCGCCUGGGCAGGCUGCAGCUGAGGAGAAGCACACGUGUGUUGUCCAGUACAUCCUAUUCCCCCCGCACUCCACCUCCACCAAAGACAGUUUCUCAACAGAUGAUGACAAUGACGUGGAAGUCGAGGCUCUGGAGGGAGACUCCGAGCUCAAUCUGGUGACAGAGGUCUGGGUGGAGCCACAGUGUGGGCGUGUGGGACCCGGCCCUGAGAGCUGGAGGCACCUCCAGGACUUGACCUACCCCGAGAUCCCUCAGGCUCUCCACCCCCGGGAUGCUGCCUGCAUAGGCUCCAUGCUGAGCUUUGAAUAUUUGAUACAGCUGUGCCAGAGCAAGGAAUGGAGUCCUCUGCCCCCAGAGCCAAAGGUUUCUAAUGGAUUGGACCAAGGAGGAGACGCCUGUGUGUACGAGAUCCCGUUCCACUUUGACCUCAUGGGCUUGUUACCACAGUGCCAGCAACUCCAGAUGUUCUUCCUUCUGCUGUCCAGAGAGCCAGAGGGCGUCCCUCUCACCGAGGGGCCCUAUCCCGCCAACGACAUGGUGCUGUGCCUGCUGCACAGCUGCCUGGGGCAGGAGCUGAGUGACCGGGAGAUCCCGCUGACCCCCACUGACCAGGCCACCUUGCUGAGUGAAGUUCUGCGGCGGACUUGCCAUGGUUCCGGUUCCGAGGGAUUAUCAAUGGGGGACCAAGGGAUCCCGAAGCAUCAGGUCGCCAGCAGUGCCCCGGCUUCUGGAGACUCGCCUCUUAGCACCCUGAGUGUGGCUCCCGAGACCCUCAGGAUGCCCACGCCUGCCCAGCCCGUGCAGUGGCGCUGCUACGCAAGACUUGCGGCCCCGCAGCACGUGUUUCUGACCUUUCUCCCAGCUACCUUCUCAGAUGUCCAGCAUCUGUCUGCCUAUGGCUUGGAGGGGCCUUCUCAAGAGGAGACAAAGCCUAAGUUUGGGGACUGCAGUGGGGCUCCCAGCCUCAGAGAUAUGGUGGGGAGUGGGGUCAAGACUACACGGCCCCAGGUUCCCAUCCUUAGUGUCACCCCAGCUGGCGACAAUGCCCAGAAUCAAGGAGAGCCGAGCCCAGCCUUCCGGCAGGACCUUCAGACUUAUACGGGGCGCCAGGCUUCCCAAACCGAGGGUUCAGAUGGACCUCGGACCCGGUGUCCCGUCUACAUCUAUAGCUGUUCCCUGGAAGCACUGAGGGAGCAAAUGGUUGGCAUACAGCCUCCUCAGGUUCCCCGAGACCUCAGCUUUCAGACUCACUUCCUCGACCACUCGUCUUCAGCUUGGCUGGAGCCCCGCUACAAGGAGGCAGCCAACCACUGUGCCUUACUGCAGGAGCAUGCCCAACGGUGCUACGUCCGAGGAUUGUUCCGGAGCCUGCAGCAGGCACAGAGCGUGACCUCCCAGGACUUGCUGAUAGCAGUGGAUGCCUGUGAGGAGCUACUGCAGGAAGUGGACAUCACCCCCUUUCUGCUCACACUGUGUGGCCACACCUGGAGUUUGCCUCAUGCGCCCCCAAGCCCUGGACCCCUCAGCCCUGGAGCCUUCAGCAGCAGCAUCGAGGAGUGCCCCGAGCCUCGGGAGCGAGCUGUCCUAGCUUCUGAAUCCAGCAUCGAGACUGAGGACUUCAGCGAGCCCGAGUUCCAGAGCACUCGUAUCACUGGCCAUGCAGACCCUGGUCCGGAGAUUGCUCUAACGGACAUCUGCCAGCUCAGAGGACAGGCCCACGACACCCUUCAUAGCCUCAUCCAGGAGAAGUUCCUAGAGAUCAGCCAGCUUUACUUCUGCACAGUGCCCUCCAAUCCUCACUAUUUCUUCUAUUGUCCUCCAUCCAGCCGACGAGAAGAUGAGGUCCCCCAGGACACAGUAGACAAGAAAGUCAGUGACCUGGAGUUUUCAGAGGCUGAGCUGAUAGGAGAAGAAGGAGACACAUCUGCCUGCUGUGUGGUCACUGAGAGUGACCCAGAGCUGGAGGUGGAGUACUGCGAGAGCCGCGACCCAGACUUGGGACUUGCUGGGCUGGAGUCCACCUCGCUGUCCGACGCAGACACUGUGAACCCCGAUGAAGACUCCUUCAGUAUCCUGGGCGGUGACUCACCCACUGGGCCAGAGAGCUUCCUACAUGAUCUGCCACCACUCUUCCUGCACCUUACGUGCUCCAUGCGACUGCGUGGCCAGCACAGCUCAGUGCCCGUGGGCAGCUUGCCCACCUGCCUGGGCCAGGUGCUUUCCAGUCUGGAGGGUCUGCCCACUGGAGGCCGAGUUCCACUGAGGGACCUCAGUGUCACACUGGAUGUCUUUGUUCUGACCUUGCCUCUAGAAGUGGAACUUCCCCCAGCCUCAGACCCUCAGCAUCACCGGUCAACAUCUGAAAGCAGUGCUUCAUUCCCACGAUCCCCUGGGCAGCCAUCAUCCUUAAGGUCAGAUGAUGGCCUGGGCCCCCCACUGCCGCCUCCAGGAGAAGAAAGGCACCCGGGACUUUCCAGCCUGGCUACCCCCCACCGGCUGGCGAUUGAGACCACCCUGAGUGAGAUCCGCUGGUUGCUGGAGGAUGAGAUGGUGGCAGCGCUCCGCCGAGGCAUCCCCCAGAGCCCUGCCCUGCACCGUGCAGCUGCGCACAUCCACAGCUCUCCUGGACGCUCCACUUGCUUUCGCCAAACUUUGCCACUGAGUUUUGUGUUUGGGCCAGAACGUUCUCUCACACAGUUCAAAGAGGAGUUCCGCCGCAUCCACCUUCCUGGCCAUGUCCUUCUUGAGGACUCUGACAGUGGCUUCUUCUUUGUGGCAGUUGGCCAACCACCGGGGGGGUCUCUUGGGGAGCCCCCUCCAGCAGCCUGGGCUUGGCACAGCCAUGAGGUUAGGGCUGAGGGCAUUGAACACGAGGCUCUGACAGCCAGCCCACAGGCCCCUGGUUCCCCAGAGGAUUCUGAGGGCCACCCCCUCGGUGGUCUUCCCAGUCCGCCACAGGGAGGGAGCCAGCCUGGGCCCCACCGGGGACUGAGCCUCAUGUCCAGUCAGGGCAGCGUGGACUCUGACCACCUAGGUUAUGAUGGUGGCAGCAGCGGCUCAGACAGUGAGGAGCCCUCGGAGACCCUCGGCGAGAAGGCCCCCUUCAUGUUGCGGACUCCACCUGGACUGGUACCUCCAGAGCCUCCACUCUCAGGCCUCCCUGGGCCCUGCCUGCCUGACUUUUGGCUCAUCGUCCGUGUGCUGCAGGAUCGGGUGGAAGUCUAUGCACACGCACGGAGCAUGAUCCGGGAGGAAGGAGGACCAGGCACUGAGUGUCGCCACCUGCAGCAGCUCCUGGUGAGGAGAGUUGGGGAGAUCUGCAGGGAAGUCAACCAGCGACUGCUUCUUCAGGACCUUCAUGACAGUCAUGUGUGUAACUCUCUUCUGGUGGCUGAGAGUGAAGAAGAUUUGUGGCGCAGCGAGACCCCCUUCCAUUCCCGCCAGCGGGUGCCACUACCCAGCGAUGAUUAUGCCGCCGACGAGAGCUGUGCACCCCGAGGCUACCUUGCAGCCACGAUGCAGUUUGUCCCUGGGCAUUUCUCCUGUGACGUCGUGUGGGGCACUGUGAUCCGAGUCCAUUCACGCCUCAAGAUGGGGCCCAGCAUGGGAGUGUCUCGGGCCAUCCAGGCGCUGCGCUCGGUGCUCAACGCCUUCUCCGUGGUCAACCGGAAGAACAUGUUCGUCUAUCAGGAGCGAGCAACGCAGGCUGUUUACUACCUCCGGCUGCUGGAGACGUCCUGCAGUGACCGGCCGUGGGAAGGGGAUGUCGGGACCCGCUCUCUCGCUCUGUCCCGGAGCCAGGAGCCCAUCUGCCCUGAGGAGGCCUCGGGCCCUCGUUCUCCCCUGGACAUGGCUUCCAGUCGCAGUUCAGAUACUGCUCGUCCUGUGGGCCAAGUGGACAGACACAUCCAGCUGCUGGUCCACGGUGUGGGGCAGGCAGGUCCCGAGAUCACAGACGAGCUAGUUCGGGUUCUGCGUCGACGCCUGGACGAGGCCACGCUAGAUGUCAUCACAGUUAUGCUUGUUCGGAACUGCAAGCUGACCCCGGCUGAUGUGGAAUUCAUCCAGCCUCCUGGGAGCCUCCCCUCCCAGGUGCUGCAGCUGGCCCUGCCCGCCUCCUGCCAGCCCUGGCUUCCUGCCCUGGCCUGGUACCUGCGGCAGAGCCUACUCAUCUUCCUGCACUCGCCCAAGUACACAGACAGCAACAGCCAGCACCACUUCCAGCAUCCAUUCCCGCCCCAGGGCGGCCUUCCCGACUUGGACAUCUACGUGUAUAAUAAGCCUGGUGGACAAGGCACUGGGGGCAAAGGAGUCGCCUGCAUCACUCUAGCCUUUGUGGAUGUGGCCGGGAACCCCAUAUCCCUGGCAUCGUGUCCCCCCACUUCUCCUGGGCCCUCAGACUCACUGCAAGAGGAAGAAUUUGAGCAGCUGACCCAGGUCACACGCUGCACCGUCCUGCAGGACAGCUCUGCAGCCCAGAGUGGGCCCCCGCGGCUGCGGUUGGAUGUUUGGGAGAAGGGGAACAUCAGUACCCUGCAGCUGGAGGAAAAGCUCCGCACAGCGGCACGCCAGGCCCUGGCGGAUGCGGUCAUGGAGCUGCAGCUGCUGCCUGCCUCCCUCUGUACGGAGGACAGCUCCCCAGGAAGUCUCAGGAGCGGAUCGUUGGAAUCUAAGAGCCCUGCAGGCCAAGCUAGCAGCUUCCCCCCAGCCCCUGUGUCUGGGGAGCCUGUGACCCCACCCAGCAAAGCUGGCCGGCGCAGCUUCUGGGAUAUGCUGAGUAAAACAGAAGGUGGGGACAUGGGUUCCCCCAAAACAACCGAUGACAUUGUCCUGGACCGGCCAGAAGACACUCGGGGCCGAAGGCGGCACAAAACGGAGAAUGUUCGGACUCCGGGUGGAACUGAGCGGGCCCCAGGCCCAGAUUCAGGAACCCAGAGACAAAGACGCCGGGUAACGCAGCUAGAAGAGGGCGAGGUGGGGAUCCUGCAUCCUGUGUUUGCUCACGUCUGUCAGCGUUGGAUGGAGUUUAUGGCCCAGAUUGGUUGCGCCUCAGUGUCCAGAAGCUCCACCCACGUGGUGUCCCGAUUCCUCCUCCCGUCCAUCCUGUCCGAGUUUACCAUCCUGGUCACCUCCAUGGCUGGAGACACCAGCGUCCGAGUCUUUGAGCAGCAUUUGGGUUCGGAAUCCACGCUCUUCAGUCCUUGUGCCCACGGCCAGCUGGGCCCAGCUCCCCAUCCUGCCGCUGAGCGGCGCCUGAUGCUUCUGGGGAGGAGCUUUGUGCAGUGGAGGAGACCAACCCAGCAGGCUGCCAAAGCUGUGCAGCGCUUUGAGCCGGGCAGUGGCGGGAGCCCCGGGCGGAGCGCGCCCCGGCAGAGGCUCCUGCUGCUGGAGGUUGUGGACAAGAAGCUACAGCUGCUGACAUAUAACUGGGCUCCAGACCUGGGGGCAGCGCUGGGCCGAGCGCUUGUCCGCCUCGUGCAGUGGCAGACUGCGCGGGCCCACCUCAUUUUCUGCCUGCUCAGCCAGAAGCUAGGCCUCUUCCAUCAUUACGGGCAGCUGGACUUCCCCGUGCAAGAUGAAAAGGAGCCAAACCCUUUUCUACUGCCAUCCAUGGAAGCCGAGACCCUCAUCCGGAGUGCCAGUCCCCCACUGAGCCGAGAGCAGGGCCGGCUGAGUGGGUCCUCCCGUGGUGGGGGCCCCCUCCCCCUGGACACGUUCCCCUUCGAUGAGGCCUUGCGGGACAUCUUGGCUGCCCGUCCUAGCUCCACGCUCAGCCCUGUGCCCAGACUCCCUGAUCCUGUCACCUUCCACGGGCAGCAGUUCCUGGACAUCAAGAUGACAGAGCGCAGAGAGCUGGAGCGACAGAUGAAGAUGGAGAACCUGUUUGUGACCUGGCAGCAGCGCUCAACCCCAGCCAGCAUGCCCAUCAGUGCUGGGGAGCUGGAGACCCUGAAGCAGUCAUCACGCCUGGUGCAUUACUGUGCAACAGCCCUGCUCUUUGACCCAGCUGCCUGGUUCCAUGGGCCCCCAGAGACUUCUGGGCCCCCGGAGGGACAGCGGCGUCCUCGCCCUGAGUCGGGGUCUGGGGGCCGAGAGGCGCCCCCGAGCUGUGAGCCCUCCGACGUACCGCUGCCCGGAGCCCGGGAGGAGCCAUGGCUGAAGGAACUGAGCUUGGCUUUCCUGCAGCAGUACGUGCAGUAUCUGCAGAGCAUUGGCUUCGUGCUCGUGCCGCUACGGCCGCCCUCCCCUGCUCGCAGUAGCAGCCGGCGGGCGAUGGCUACCUCAGGAACAGAGGGCCGAGGCUCCUUCUCCUGCCCUAAACCCAAAACUGACGGGAGCCCCAAGGGCACUGGCCACACAGUCACCGCCUACCACCUGCAGCGCGCACUGCCAGGGGGCAUCAUCCUCAUGGAACUGGCUUUCCAGGGCUGUUACUUCUGUGUCAAACAGUUUGCCCUGGAAUGUUCCCGAAUCCCCAUGGGACAGGCUGUCAACUCUCAGUUGUCCAUGCUGUUCACAGAGGAGUGUGACAAGGUGCGGGACCUGAUGCACGUGCACUCCUUCAGCUACGACUUCCACCUGCGCCUCGUGCACCAGCACGUGCUGGGCGCCCACCUGGCCCUCCGCCACGGCUACCACCUCACCACCUUCUUGCGGCAUUUCCUGGCCCACCACCCCGAUGGGCCCCACUUUGGCCGCAACCACAUUUACCAAGGGACACUGGAGCUCCCCACACCACUUAUUGCUGCCCACCAGCUCUACAACUACGUGGCUGACCACGCCAGUUCCUACCACAUGAAGCCACUGCGCAUGGCCCGGCCAGGGGGCCCCGAACAGAACGAGUAUGCCCUGGUGUCGGCAUGGCACAGCUCUGGCUCCUACCUGGACUCUGAGGGACUUCGCCACCCAGAUGAUUUUGACGUGUCUCUGCUUGUCUGCCACUGCGCAGCGCCCUUUGAAGAGCAAGGAGAGGCCGAGCGACAUGUUCUGCGGCUGCAGUUCUUUGUGGUGCUCACCAGCCAGCGGGAGCUGUUCCCCAGACUCACUGCUGACAUGCGCCGCUUCCGGAAGCCGCCCAGGCUGGCCCCCGAGCCAGAGGUCCCUGGGGGCUCUGCUGGUAGCCCCGGGGAGGCCUCGGGGGCUGGUCUGGCCCCUGGACCCACUCCCCUGUUCCCACCACUGGCGGCCGAGGUGGGCGUUGCACGGGCACGGCUGGCUCAGCUGGUGCGGCUGGCAGGAGGGCACUGCCGGCGGGACACACUCUGGAAGCGCCUCUUCUUGCUGGAGCCACCAGGGCCUGACCGGCUGCGGCUGGGAGGGCGCCUGGCCCUAGCAGAGUUGGAGGAGCUCCUAGGAGCCGUCCAUGCCAAGUCCAUUGGGGACAUCGACCCCCAGCUGGACUGCUUCCUGUCCAUGACAGUCUCCUGGUACCAGAGCCUGAUCAAGGUUCUCCUCAGCCGCUUCCCCCAGAGCUGCCGCCACUUCCAGAGCCCAGACUUGGGAACUCAGUACCUGGUUGUACUGAAUCAGAAGUUCACCGACUGCUUCGUGCUGGUGUUUCUGGAUUCCCACGUGGGAAAGACGUCUCUGACAGUGGUUUUCCGAGAGCCCUUCCCGGUACAGCCCCAGGACAGUGACAGCCCCCCUGCCCAGCUGGUCUCCACCUACCACCACCUGGAGUCUGUCAUCAACACAGCCUGUUUCACCCUGUGGACCCGCCUCCUCUGAGAAUCCGGAUCAGCGCGUGCCCCCUCCUCAAACCAGGGACCUGGCAGAUAACCACAGGAGGAGGCAGGGCUAAGCAGCCCUGCUCGGGGCCCCAGGACCAGCCCAGGGAGCACCAAAGGCUUUGGGCUUAUGUCCCCAGGGCAGGAUUGGUGGCCCCAGCCCGGAGCAGAGGCUGUCCUCCCCAGCCCCGAACAAGCACUGAGCAGCCCAGGGCUCUGGAGGACCAGGCCACCUCCUCACGGGCUCACCUUUCUGGCCCCCGGGACCCUCCAGAAAGGGGUUCCUCCUGCCUACCCACUGGAAUGCAAGGUUUCUCACCCGGAGUCCUGCCUCCACGUCUUGGGAUUGCUGUCUCCCCCACCCCCAGCGCUCUGGUCUUUAGUUCCUGCUCGGACAUGGCUGCUAAGACAUCAGGCUCCAGCCUUAGAGCACUCGCGACCACGGGCAGAUUUUCCCUCUCAGACCUUGGUUUCUCGUCCGUAAAUGAGGAGGUAGACUCAAAAGUGCCCCCAUCUGCACAGCAACACUGGCACAGAACAGCAGACUUGAGCAUGAUGGGUGUGUUCCUUCUCAAGAAGAGGGAAGCAGCCCAGAGAAACUGAAGGGUUAGACACUGUGUGUCCCCCCGUUCUUCCCCCACCCCACCCCCAGCCACCCCAAAUAUACACAGUAUGAACAGG